GAGUUUCGCUCUUUUUGCCCAGGCUGGAAUGUGAUGGCAUGAUGGUGGCUCACUGCACUCUUCGCCUCCCGGGUUUAGGUGAUUCUCCUGCCUCUGCCUCCCAAGUAGCUGGGAUUACAGGUGCAUGCCACCACGCCCGGCUAAUUCUGUAUUUUUGGUAGAGACAGGGUUUCCCCAUGUUGGCCAGCCUGGUCGUGAACUGACCUCAGGUGAUCAACCCGCCUCGGCCUCCCAAAGUUCUGGGAUUACAGGUGUGAGCCACUGUGCCUGGCCGUAAAGGUAGGCUUAUUAAGGAAUACUUUAACUACAGUAAAAUUUACCUCACUUAAGAGUAUUGAUGCGUUUUGACAAAUGAAUGCUUUUAUUACCCAUCACAAUCAUGAUACAGGACAUUUCCAUCAUACCCACUCAGAAAGUUCCUGAGUUCCUUGUGUUUGCAGCCAGGUGCCUUCCCCCACCUUUGCCUCUUGCAACCACUAUCAGAUUCUGUCUCUAUUGGAAAACUUGGAUACUUUUAAAAUGAAAUUUCACGUUCAUAUUUACAGUCACAAAAAAUUCUCUAGAGUCUGGUUUAGAUGCUCUGUGGCACCUGAAGCAAUUAUUAUUCGCCUUUGCUCACAAACACAACUCACUUAUUUCUCCCUUUUCUCCUGCUUCUUCAUCGUUUCUUCCACCCAGGGCUGGUGCCCUGGUGGGAUGACUGAAAGGUGAGGAAGCCCUUAGAGCAUUUGCCAAUGGGAGCCAUUCAUUUGACUUUGAAGUACUGAGAAUUCAGAGGCGUUCUUUUAAAUGCAUUAUUUAAAAAGAAAGGUAACACAUUAAGGACUUUGCUGCAUCUUUUGAUUGGCUUUCCUCUAGGAAGUAGUGACCGAGGUUUCCACUUUCCUCCAAGAGGAAGAGACAGAAUUUUUGGCAAAUAGGUCAGUGCUGGAACAGAUGCCUGCCUGGCUGAGUGUUGGGAAAGAAAGGCAGUUGGAGGGAUGUGUGGGUGCCUGGGAGGGCGUGGGUGGUGCCCAGGAGGCUAUGGGAGUCAGAAUCACACUUGCACGAGAGAAGACCCUUAUGGGACAAGUAAAAUCAGCAUAGUUUCUUGGGCGGGGCAAAGGUGUCCUGAUGAGGAUGCUAGGGGUCAAAUAUGUGGCUGGGUUCUGCCUCAGUCGGGAAUGAGACAGACAGUACUGAAGUGGAACGUGGGGGUAGCAGCUCCACCCACCUUCACAGCCUCUGGGGAGAAGAAAGCUUUCCUUGCAGCCCAACUCCAGGGGCCUAAAUAUUGAGCACCAACACAAGACAGGUCCUUGAGCUUCUCGGAGCGAGUAGGGGAAGCAGAUAAUUUCAGAUGCAAAGUGCCUUGAAUAAACAGAACGAAAGAUAGAGAGCCAGUGGGGGAGAAACGGCCUGGUGUGGUCAGGGCAGGCAUCCAUGAGACCUGAACGAAGAGGGGGCAUUCCAGACAAAAGGAACAGUGAUCACAGAGGCCCCGAGUCAGGAACCAGCUAAGGGUUUUAGAGAAGAGCCGCCUCGUAAAGCUGAGCAACAAUAACCAGGGAACGGUGGGCAUGGGCCCUGAUAGACAAGGCAGGUCUUGGCUUUUUAAGCCAUAGAAUUGGAUUUUAGGAGGGAUGGGCCCGCCGACAAAGCCAACAAAGUUUUAACCCGAAGAUCGCUAUCUUAUUUAUGCUUUAAAAAGACCUCUCUGGCUUUUCUGCGAAGCUCUAUCCUUAGCUUUCUCUUGUUAGCAUUUUGAUUAACGAAUGUGGGCACCAACAGCCAGCUGACCGACAGCGCGCGCAGUCGAGCGUCGGUUCAUCGCCUUGGGAGGGACCACUGGAGGCCCCGCCCCCUGGCCGCGAGCGCGCCUCGGCCCCGCCCCCGAGGCCCUACGGGCGUGGCCUCUGCUCCGGGUCCCGCCCCCCAGCCCUCCGGAACAGCGCGCUCGCUGCGGUAGGUAGCGAAGCCUGGGGCUGUGUCUGUCGCCCAUGGCCGCCGCGCUGCUCGCCCGGGCCUCGGGCCCUGUCCGCAGAGCUCUCCGUCCUAGGGCCUGGCGGCAGUUACACACUAUCUACCAGUCUGUGGAACUGCCCGAGACACACCAGAUGUUGCUCCAGACAUGCCGGGACUUUGCCGAGAAGGAGUUGUUUCCCAUUGCAGCCCAGGUGGAUAAGGAACAUCUCUUCCCAGCGGCUCAGGUGAAGAAGAUGGGAGGGCUCGGGCUUCUGGCCAUGGACGUGCCCGAGGAGCUUGGCGGUGCCGGCCUCGAUUACCUGGCCUACGCCAUCGCCAUGGAGGAGAUCAGCCGCGGCUGCGCCUCCACUGGAGUCAUCAUGAGUGUCAACAAUUCUCUCUACCUGGGGCCCAUCUUGAAGUUUGGCUCCAAGGAGCAGAAGCAGAAGUGGGUCACGCCUUUCACCAGUGGUGACAAAAUUGGCUGCUUUGCCCUCAGCGAACCAGGGAACGGCAGCGAUGCAGGAGCCGCGUCCACCACCGCCCGGGCCGAAGGCGACUCAUGGGUCCUGAACGGAACCAAAGCCUGGAUCACCAAUGCCUGGGAGGCCUCGGCUGCCGUGGUCUUUGCCAGCACAGACAGAGCCCUGCAAAACAAGGGCAUCAGUGCUUUCCUGGUCCCCAUGCCAACGCCUGGGCUCACGUUGGGGAAGAAAGAAGACAAGCUGGGCAUCCGGGGCUCAUCCACGGCCAACCUCAUCUUUGAAGACUGUCGCAUCCCCAAGGACAGCAUCCUGGGGGAGCCAGGGAUGGGGUUCAAGAUAGCCAUGCAAACCCUGGAUAUGGGCCGCAUCGGCAUCGCCUCCCAGGCCCUGGGCAUUGCCCAGACCGCCCUCGAUUGUGCUGUGAACUACGCUGAGAAUCGCAUGGCCUUCGGGGCGCCCCUCACCAAGCUCCAGGUCAUCCAGUUCAAGUUGGCAGACAUGGCCCUGGCCCUGGAGAGUGCCCGGCUGCUGACCUGGCGUGCUGCCAUGCUGAAGGAUAACAAGAAGCCUUUCAUCAAGGAGGCAGCCAUGGCCAAGCUGGCUGCCUCGGAGGCCGCGACCGCCAUCAGCCACCAGGCCAUCCAGAUCCUGGGUGGCAUGGGCUACGUGACAGAGAUGCCAGCAGAGCGGCACUACCGCGACGCCCGCAUCACCGAGAUCUAUGAGGGCACCAGCGAAAUCCAGCGGCUGGUGAUCGCCGGGCACCUGCUCAGGAGCUACCGGAGCUGAGCCCAUGGAGGGCUGCCCCAGGACUGCGGGAAGGCGCAGGAGCCGGGGGGCCUCCACCCCGACCCCGGCUCAGAGACUGGGGCCCCCGGAUGGGCUCAGUGCUGCCACCCAGAUCAGAUCACAUGGGAAUGAGGCCCUCUGACCAUUGGCAGCUCCGCCUCUGGGCCUUUCUGCCUCCUCACCACUGUGCCUCAUGUUCCUCAUCUGAGUGGCCCUGGCCUCCUGGGGGCGGGGUUGUGGGGGGGCUGAGUGACACUUAGGGACACCUCAGUUGUGCUCCCGGGGGCCCUGGUGCCCUGGCAUGAAGACCCAGUGGGACAGGCCCUUGGUGGAGUCUGUCUUUUCCUUGAGGUCAGAGGUCAGGAGGGCUGGGGUCAGAAUGAUGAGGCCUGGGGUCCUGGUGUUGGGCAGGUGGUGGGGCUGGGCCAUGGAGCUGGCCCAGAGGCCCCUCAGCCCUUCGUAAAGUCUGAUGAAGACGGGUGGUGAUUCAUGCUAUGUGACUGAUCGUGGGAAAUAAACACACCUGUCCUCCA